CUCUCUCUCUCCCGCUGAAAACAUUUUCGCAGCUUCUUGUCUUAACAUUCUCUCUUUUGAUAUUCCUCAAUGUCCCCCUUUUCUCUGUCUUGAAGCCAUUUAACUUCACAUUUGAUAAAUUAUCUUUUGAUACCUUACCCAACUCCAUCUCUUUCCUUGUACAUAGCAAGAAAAACAGAGCAACCAUCCAUGGCUGGUAACAAGUUUGCAACCAUGCUGAACAGAAACACCAACAAGAUCACUGUUAUCCUUGUCUAUGCGAUCCUUGAAUGGAUUCUGAUCAUUCUACUCCUCUUAAAUUCUCUGUUUUCUUAUUUAAUCAUCAAAUUUGCUGAUUACUUUGGCCUUAAGAGACCUUGUCUCUGGUGUUCUAGGCUUGAUCACUUCUUUGAGCCUACAAAUUUCGAGAAUUCUUAUAGAUCUCUUGUGUGUGAUGAUCAUGCUAAAGAGAUUUCCAAACUGGGGUAUUGUUCAAAUCAUAGAAAACUAGCUGAAUCGCAAGAUAUGUGUGAGGACUGCUCAUCCUCAUCUCAUAGUGAAUCCUUGAACAAGUUUGCUUUCUUUCCUUGGAUGAAGCAACUUCGUGACCUUCAAGAUUUAGGGGGUGGUAAGCUAAGUGAAAAUGGUGAGGAGGAUUUGAAGUGUUCUUGUUGUGGUGUUUGCUUGGACACGAAACUAUUUUGUGAUGAUUACUGUCUAAUUAAGCCUUCCUGGGGUGACUCGGUUUUUACCCAGAAAGGAAAUUUGGCUUUGGAUCAUCAAGUUGAUGAUAAAGCUGGUGUAGGGGAUCAUCCUGAUAGAGAAAGCUUGGAUUUUGUGAGUGAUUUUUUUGGAGGUGAACAGGGGAUUGUUGAAAACAGGGGACUUGAGAUUGGAAACAGAGAAGAGGAAGCUGGGCAGAAUUGUUCAGGCCCUGUUUCUAAUUCUGAUCGCAAGGAAGUGGCUGAUGAUGAUUGUGAAAAAGAAGAUGUGUUUAUUGAAGAACAGGAAGAACCAGUCAAGAAGGAUGAUUUGAAUGGGCAAAUGGAUAAUCCAGCUUGUGUUCAACCUGUGAUGGUUCAAGCCAGUAGCAGUAAAGACAAGGCUUCUGAAAUUCAACCUUGGCAUCUAGAGUUUUACAUUGAUCAAGAUGAUUGCCACUUGAUUCCAGUUGAACUGAUCGAUUCCGAUGCGACAGAGAAGCAAAUUCGAAAGAGGCGCGAUAAGGGAGUGGAGGAGAAUAGUGGUAGUGAAGAUUUUGUUUUGGAGUUUGAUAAGCAAGUUGGAGCACAAUAUGAACUGGUUGUGGAGGAUAGGAGCAAUUUAGAAGAGGAAAUGCCAUUGAUUUCAGUCGAUGAUAAUGCGGAGGAACCUAAGAUUGCAGUGGUUGGGUCUAUGGAAAUCCUCGAGAAAGAGAGUCCCUCGGGAGUGUAUGCGGAUUUCGAUUUGGUGGAGGAGGAAUUUGAGCUAUUUGCCACCGCUCAACCAACUCAAACCCCUUCUAGUGAUGGCAAUGAUGCUCAUGAAAGUUCACUGGCCGUGGGAGAGUUCAUGGAUUCAGAUUACAAUCAAGUGUCUGAAGAAGCACUGCAAAUGCUUAGUGACGAAAUAGAAGCGGAUGUCUCGAUAGGAACUGAAAUUCCUGAUCAGGAACAAAUUGAUGACAUUCAUUAUGGUGAAGAAGUUUCUUCUUCAUAUUCAUCCAAACAAGAAGACCCUUCAACUAGUGAUGUCAAUAAACAUGCAUGUGAAGAUCAUGGUUCAAAGCAAGCUGAGGAAGAUGCGAUAGAAUUUAGGACCAUAACUGUGGAGACUAGCGAGCCAUCAUUGCAUACAGAGGGCAAUGAGCUUGAGGAAGAUAAAAUUCCUGAUACACCAACUUCUAUAGAUAGUCUUCAUCACCUACACAAGAAACUGCUACUACUUGAAAGAAAAGAAUCGGCCACAGAAGAGUCUUUGGACGGAAGUAUCAUUAGUGACGUAGAAGCAGGUGGAGUUUUGACUACGGAGAAGUUGAAAUCAGCUUUGAGAGCUGAAAGGAAGGCUUUAAGUGCUUUAUAUGCAGAACUAGAAGAAGAAAGAAGUGCCUCUGCUGUGGCAGCUAACCAGACAAUGGCAAUGAUAAAUAGACUUCAAGAAGAGAAGGCUGCGAUGCAGAUGGAAGCUUUGCAGUAUCAGAGAAUGAUGGAAGAGCAAUCAGAGUAUGACCAAGAAGCUUUGCAGCUUCUGAACGAACUUAUGGUAAAGAGAGAAAAAGAGAAAGCGGAGCUAGAAAAGGAGCUGGAAGUAUAUCGGAAGAAGGUACAGGAUUAUGAGAUGAAAGAGAAAUUGAUGGCGUUGAAAAGAAGGAGAGAUGGCAGCACAAGAAGUGGAACUGCCUCGCCUUCUUGUAGCAAUGCCGAGGAUAGCGAUGGACUAUCUGCUGACUUGAAUCAUGAAGGGAGAGAAGCAGAUGAAAGCUUCGAUAACCAUCAAGAAAGUAGUAAUCAGAACACCCCGGUAGACGCAGUUAUACAUUUGGAGGAGUCGUUGGCUCAUUUUGAGGAGGAGAGGCUAUCAAUUCUAGAGCAACUCAAGGUCUUGGAAGAGAAGCUUUUUAUGCUGAGCGAUGAAGAAGAGCAACAUUUUGAGGACAUAAAACCGAUUGAGCAUCUAUAUCAAGAGAAUGGCAAUGACUACAAUGACAUUUAUGAUCAUAGCAGUGAAUCAAAUGGAGUUGCAAAUGGUCACUACAAGGAAAUGAAUGGAAAGCAUCAACAAGGAAGAAGAAACAUCGAUGCAAAGGCAAAGAGACUUCUCCCGCUUUUUGAUGCCAUUGAUACAGAAAGAGAAGAUGGGAUACUAAAUGGGCACUCAAAAGGGUUUGAUUCUAUUGCUUUCCAAAUGUCAGUUAACAAAUCUGACAUGGAUAGGAAGAAGCUUGCAGUUGAGGAGGAGGUGGACCAUGUCUAUGAGAGGCUACAAGCACUUGAGGCUGAUAGAGAAUUUCUCAAGCAUUGCAUCACCUCCUUGAGGAAAGGAGAUAAGGGGAUAGAACUGCUGCAAGAUAUUCUACAACAUCUUCGAGAUCUAAGAAACGUGGAGCAACGUGCAAGGAACUUGGAAGAUGGUGCUCUGUAGUCACGCUGUCCUGAACCAUGCACAUCAAAGAAGAUAAUAGAUUGCAUUUUGGAUGCUAAUUAGCAGCUGCAAUUUGAAGAUGGAUGAUCACUGACAUUGUUUUCCAAGGAACACGAGACCAAAUGCAUUGCCACUUUUUCAGGAAAAUAUUCACACGGGAAGUCCCUCGAGGAAGGGGGGAGGCUCCUGCUAUGGUCCUUUAGGCGGGCCUUGAUGGACUGUAUAAUUGAAAGUCUGCCCUCCUCUUUCUUUCUUUUUUCCUCGUUCUUUCUUUCUUUUGAUCUUAUUAACAGUUUUUGGUGUCCAAGUAAGCCCAAUUUUUUGGUGGGUUCAGCUUAUCAUCCCCUUUUGCGGGGGAGGAAGAGGAUGGUGAGUGCAUGUGUGUGUAGGCUAGUGAAGCGAAGCCAAGCUGUCGUUCGUAUGUUGUGAGAAAGGGCCUGGCCAGCGAAACUGGAGUGAUCAAGCAGAGAUUCCAGUGCGCCAGGCGCGUAGGCGUUAGUUUACCAAGACAGAUAGGACUAGAACACUCUUUUUUUCAUUUUUUAAAUAUCUCCGAGAAGGAAAGGGAGAGGGUAUGUAACCCCAGCCUCUUGUCUUUCUCAUGUUUGCAUCAUUUCAUCAUAUGGGGUUUGUUUAUUAUUUGUAAGGGCAAAGUUGAGUUAUUUGUAUACUAAAUGUAUCCAUUUGUAAAGUAUAUAAAGUGAGUUGAGUGUGUGUUUAUUCUGUUC